AAACGGACAUCUGAGCAUGCGCGCUGUGUCAGCUGUGAGGACAGCUUGGUUGCGGAGUUAAAAAGAAGAACCGAGCCGCUGCUUUUUAUUUUGUGUUGUGUCUCCGGGACUCGAUGGCCGGAACCGCGCUUAAGAGACUCAUGGCCGAGUAUAAACAGCUGACUCUGAACCCACCUGAGGGGAUCGUUGCAGGUCCAGCCAAUGAGGAGAACUUCUUUGAAUGGGAGGCUCUCAUCAUGGGUCCUCAGGAUACGUGUUUUGAAGGCGGAGUGUUUCCAGCGGUGCUCAGCUUCCCCUCUGAUUAUCCUCUCAGUCCUCCGAAGAUGAGGUUCACCUGCGACAUGUUUCACCCCAACAUCUAUCCAGAUGGCCGGGUGUGUAUCUCCAUCCUCCAUGCUCCAGGUGAUGAUCCGAUGGGCUAUGAGAGCAGUGCAGAGAGGUGGAGUCCGGUCCAGAGUGUGGAGAAGAUCCUGCUGUCAGUGGUCAGCAUGUUGGCAGAGCCGAACGAUGAAAGCGGUGCAAACGUUGACGCCUCUAAAAUGUGGCGGGAGGACAGAGAGCAGUUUUACAAACUUGCCCAGAAGAUUGUACGCAAGUCUUUGGGCCUUUAGAAAUGAUGUCAUCACCCUGCGACGGCGGCCAGCACUCUGUGUUUGUGUUUACUUCAGGGACACUCGUCCUUCCUCCUCCGCUGCCUUUUUACCCAGAGAACACUCACUGACUGUCAUCCUCAUCACCAUGGAAACCAAUAAACACACACACAGAGUGCUGCGAAGACGGACGGAUCAAUAAACUGAUUGAUGGACGUCACAGAUGUUUGGAACAAUCAGAAUCCAGAUAUUGAGAAACUUCAAAUUUACAAGUCAACAGAAGAAGAAGAAUACUGCUCUGUGAUUGGUUGAGAAGUGUUAUGUGGGAAGUUUCACAGCGACAGCAGCAGUCAGUUGGCCAUCAGAUGCGUCGAGCAGCCUCAGAAUGAACUAUUAUUAUUAUUAUUAUUAUUAUUAUCAUUAUUAUUAUUAUUAUUAUUGUUGUCAUUAUCAUCGUCAGGUCACAGUUAUUACUGAUGACAAUCAACAGCAACAAUCAAUAAUCAAAGACAUAAACUGAUAGAAACUACAGAGAAAUGGUGCGUUCAAUGUUCUUCAGCAGAAAAUAGCAAAUAUGUUUAUGAAUGAAAAGACUGACCAUCUUAUUUAAUAUCACAUUAGUGUUAAUUUACAACAAUGCAGACUAUUAAUAGAACACAAGCUAAAACCUUUGUUUGACUGAACGGACUUCAUGAAAAACAAAUAAAAACAACCUUUAAUUAUAAAAUCUAUCUGAUUCUUAAAA